AUGCCUGAAGCAUCAGGGAAUAAUCUUAACCCUGUGGACUUCAUGGCCACUUUAGGUAAUAUGGCAGCAGAAAUGCAAGCGACAGCCGAAGUCCUGGGAAACCAAAUAAAUAAUGGAAAUAAUGGCAAUAAUGGUGAUAAUGGUCCAAUGUCGCUUUCUUCCUUCCUGAAGGUUCAACCUCCGACCUUCAGAAGGACUUCGAACCCGACUGAUGCGGAUAACUGGAUACAAGCUAUUGAGCGAGCAUUACAGGCUCAGCAGGUUCCUGAUGAACAGUGGGUUGAAUUUGGAACCUAUCAGCUGCAUGGUGAAGCUCAGCAUUGGUGGCAGGGUAUGAGGCGUAUUCUGCAGCCUGAUGGGGUUGUGAUUUAUUGGGAGUUAUUUCGAGAAGAAUUCUAUAAGAAAUAUUUCCCCAACUCAGUUAGAAAUGCCAAAGAACUUGAACUGCUUUAG